AUGAUGGUUCCAGCUGACCAAUCAACGCAGGAUGAGAUUCAGCAGCGAAGCUACAGCGCGAUUCUCACUACAAGUCCAAACGAACACAUUCCUACCAACAGCGAUUGUAUGGAUACGAUCGGAAUCGAAAGUAGUGUGGCUGUAGGGGUAGCUGUCGAUCACCGUUUGAAUAGAGCGCUUUCGUUUCAACCUCCGUUUCACGUCGCACCCGAACCGCCCGAUCCAGCGCCGCCCCACAUGCAGAUCUCCGUUAACUCCGAUGCCUGGACUGUGAAUAAUAUUAUCAGUGAGAAUACCAUCAAUACGUUGAGAUUCAAAUUCGUUCAACCGGCUACUGUGAGUGCGCUACAGACUACUAUGUGGCCUACCACAGCUCUUGCAGUCGUCGAUACCCUGAUUAUGAUUGCGAUAGAUACACGCAGCUUUCCGGAUCAUGUACCAGCUACAAGUCAACCGUCCUGUUUACAGAACAAGUGUCUACAACUGGUGUUGGUGGAGAAGCAGCUACUCUGCCUGAACUUGGAGAUGGUGCCAAACACGGCGAGGUUGUCUACGUUCGGAUACCGGAUGAGCGAUACAAAGAAGCUGCCGCAAAUGAGUGAUGAACGGUCAGCAAACGUCUAUGUGAAAUGUCUGGAGUGCCGAGUAGAGAGAGAGAAGAAGCGUGUGAGUGAAGUCUAUGUACGUUGUGUUGGACACUGCUAUCGCUGUUGCUUAGGUUGUAAUAGUAGUGAUCAUUAUGGUUAUAACAAACGCUAUUUUGUCGGGCUUGUUUACCAACAACAUGUUGCCAUAGGUUUUGCUGAUAGUGAUUUAACAGCACAUAUUCGAGAAUCAAUCAAAACUCGCAUGAGUCGCGCAGUGCUCCAAUACAAGCCUUCUUCGUCUACCGCGGUCCAAUCCAGCCAGUACCGUCAUCGUUAUCGUUCCAGAUCUAUAAGUCGAAGGUGCUUACAAAGCCGGGUCGCAUCGAUCAAGCAUGUUUUUGUACGUGCUGGCGAUACGAUCAUUCGAUUUCAUCAUCUGAAGAAGAAAGAUCUGUCGAAAACAUCGAGCAUCCUAGGAGAUAACAGACCCUACAGGACCUUCCGAAGCCUUCCGUUCAAACGUGACAUUUCGUUGAGAAACCUGAACGAUUGCAUCAUGAUUGGCGAAUCAUUGUCGCAAAAGACGAAUGUCAGAACUAUCAACUUCACUAAAAAGAAAAGUGGUGGAGUUCCAAAUUUGAUAGAAGCGCUAUGUUCGGUCGAUACACAUCCACUGUUUCCGUCAGUCACAAUGAAUGCCAGUCUGACGGGUAUGUUGAUGCUCCAGACAAUCAAGGAUGACUGUGACACCCAUAACCGCAUACAUUUCUGCAAGCUACCAGUAAUCGACAAUAAUCAGAAUUCUGCACCGGCUUCCAUUGGAACGACGACAGUUAAGGUGGACUAUCGGAUUACAUCAGCUUCGAUGAUCAAUUUAGUGGAACAGCUUUCAAUCGUGGAGGUUCUUGUUUGUGAAGGCGAUAUUUGCUGUAGCUUUGAUUGGAAUGUUUAUAGGAAGCUUUGAAAUGAUGUUGACGGUAAGCUAAAAAGUAAGAGAAUUUAGUAAAACUGGGACCAAUGGCCAGUGUUACGGGGGGGAGAAUGUUGCUGGCAGCACUGGUCUGUAACCAAAUGGCUAGUAUUAGGCAGAGCGAAAUGUCAGGCAAACGCCUGUAAAUGCACAAACGUCAAGUAGAAGGCAGAAAAAAGAAGUGUAAAGUCAUGCUAAUGUACUUUUUCGAAUAUUUUACUAAACUGUUGAAAUAGUGCUAAGAAUCGUAUUCUACUUAUAGCUAUUACUUAAAACGAGAACUAGCCUAAUGAUAACUUAAUGAACUACGCGAGUUAUCACAGAAUUUAUCACAGUAAGUCAGCUUAUUAUCUACAAAUUUGUUAUUCUAACCUUAAAUGUAAAUCACAGAUAUGCACCAAAAUGUUACGGAUGAACUAUCAACUACCUCGUAUAUGAGCCUAAACCGAAUAAUGUAAGUUCUCUUGCUAAAUUAUUUGCUAUUUCAAUUAUUAUACUGAUGAAUUAAUAAAAUUCCAGCUUAUAGCUGUUCUCGCACCCAAAUCACGGAGUUUGCGAUCUGCUGAACGGAAUUCGGCUAACGGCCUCACGAAAACCCCAUUUAUCGCCG